AUGCAACACAUCUACGGUCUUGAACACGUUCACGAUGUUUAUUACAAAGGAUUUUACAACUGUUGUUUACUUGAAGAGUUGGUACUUGACGAUUACACGACAGUAAUAGAGAACAAUUUAAGUGGUCUGACAUCACUCACAAAACUUGUACUUCCCAACGACAACAUGAAAAUCCGAUAUACACCAACAUCAGAAGAAACGCCGAUAUUAGAGAAGUUUGGGUAUACAUACGACAGUGUUUUGUAUUACUUUGACAGUUAUAAUAAUCACGAUAUGUCAGAUUUUAAAGACGUGGAGAAGUGCAAACAUCCAGUUGAAAUAUUUGGUAAUCAAUGUAUUCAAGAUAUCCAGACGAAGAUCACAGUACCAUCAAAUGUCACAAAAAUUUCUGAUAAUUUUUUUAAGUCUGUGAAUAUCGAAGAAGUCGACUUGGGUGCCGUCUGUGAUAUUGGUGACAACUUCUUUGGUCCAAGUCUUGUCUCUGUAACACUCCCAACUACUUUGACUCACAUCGGAGACUACAUUUUUGAAAAUUGUGACAAACUUAAAAAUGUCGACUUGUGUGGUAAAUUGACAUUCUCAGGACUUGUGAGUGUUACAGAAAUGGUGAGACUCAGCCGGUUGAAUAUAAAGUGUAGCAACGUUUGUCUUCCGCGUGACAUGGUCUCAAAAUACAACUUUGGAAAUGAUCUCAAAAUAUCUUUGACGUAUUCCAACAAAACGAGUUCGUUGUCAUCUUUUGUUGUGCCGCAAAAUGUCGAGAGAAUUCUUCGCUGUGCUUUUUGCAGUUGUAGCAAUUUGAGUGAAAUCCAGUUUUCUUCCAAUUUGACUUCCAUAGAAGAUGACGCAUUUUCAGACUGCAUUUCCUUGAGAGAAGUGCAGUUCCCAGCGUGUCUUCGACGCAUUGGAAGUGCUGCUUUUAAGCGUUGUGGUCUCACUGAAAUUACAAUUCCACAAAGUGUCACUCAAAUAGGUGAUAAUGUGUUUUACAACAAUUUCCUCCUUCAAAGAGCGACAGUCCCGUUGAUUCUAUUAAACAGCAGUGCCGUGUUUUGCGGCUGCCAUUCACUCAAAACAGUCGAAGUCACACAAUCAAUUAUAACGGACGAUUUUAAACGCGUCAAGAAAGUUGGGAAGUCGCUAUUUAGCGAGUGCUUUUCGUUAAGUGAAUUUGAAGUGCCGGAGGGUGUGGAAUACAUUGAAAGUUUUGCUUUCUCGAGAUGUUCAUCCCUUUCAAAGAUUUUGAUUGGAAAAAGUGUUGCAAAAAUACAGGAAAACUGCUUUGAAAAAUGCGACAGUUUGAGUGACAUUGAAAUUCCAAGCACAGUCACUUAUAUCGGCGAUUUUGCGUUCAAAGAGUGCGCAAAACUCGAACGUGUGAAGUUCACAAAAAUUCCGUUGAAAAUGUUUUCAACUGUUUUUGACGGCUGCGAACAGUUGAAAAACAUUUUUAUUGAAAAUCAAAAAAUCGACGAAAUUGAAUUUGCCGUCUCGUUCAGCGUUUCUCAAAGUUUGAAGAAAAAUUUGGUUGUGUGCAAAAGAGUUGUGUUUGAGCAAAACGACGUGGAAAAACAUUUAGAAAUUGUCAAAGAAAAUAAGAAGAGUGUUGGGAGUGUGCCAGAUGGCGUGACAGAAUUGGGCGACCAAUGCUUCCGAAAUUACAAGAAGGUCAACAUCAUCAGAGUCCCAAAAAGUGUUAAAAAAGUUGGCGAUUUCUGCUUCUAUAAAUCGUUGGGGGUGAAAAACAUUAAAUUUGAAGACAAAAGAAGUGUCAAAUUCAGUGAAUUGGCGUUUGGAGAGAAGUAA